AUGGAGAAGGAUAUUGUGGAUCCACAAAGUACAGUGAUUCAAAAGCCUAACUACAUGCUUAUGUCCUUGCAGAGGAUACUUGUGUUGUUUGUUAUAUUGGCCGGUGUAAUCGUUGUUGUAUAUUACACACCUAUGCCAGAGGAAUAUUUUGAAAAUUGUGAUCGUGAAUGCCAUGAAUUGGAUUGGCCCAUGAUUUGUCGUGUGAAACUAGUCAUAGAAGUAUAUAAAACUUAUAGCAAGUCAUGUAAUAAUUGUGCAGAAGCGCACGAUAGUGAAUGUCCAUCAACGUGUAUAACAGCAGAUGGUCGAGAACGCGGCGUUCUGGCUGCUAACAGGGAGUUACCUGCGCCGUCUCUGCAUGUAUGUCAGAAUGACAUCUUAGUAGUGGACGUUGUACAUCGAGCACCCGCUCACACGCUGUCGAUACACUGGCGAGGACAGCCCCAAAAAGAAACUCCGUUUAUGGAUGGAGCGCCGAUGUUGACCCAAUGUCCGCAGCCUGCUUAUACAACAUUCCAGUACAAGUUCCGUGCUGCAGCAGUUGGUACUCAUAUGUAUCAUGCGCAUUCUGCAGCAGAUGCAGCCGACGGUCUUGCGGGAGCGUUAAUUGUUCGACAAUCUCCUAGGCUUGAUCCUCUGAGAAAACUAUAUGACAUCGACGCUACUGAACACACUAUUUUUGUAGCAGAAUGGGGUCAUUCAAUGGGACCACUCGCUGGAAUGACAUCUAAUGUGCCAGAUGCGGAGUCAUUACUUAUAAAUGGAAAGGGUCGGUCUUCUGAAUUUUCAGAUGCCCCGCUAGCAAAAUUCGUGGUUGAAUAUGGAAAAAGAUAUAGAUUCCGCCUUCUAUAUGGUGGAGGGUUUAAAAGUUGUCCUGUUAAAUUUUCAGUGGAUGAACAUGUUCUGAAAAUCGUAGCUUUAGAUGGAUUUGGAAUCCAAGCUGAAAAUGUAAAUACAAUUACAUUCGCCAGAGGAGAACGUGUUGAUUUUAUCCUAGAAGCUAAUAGAGAGAUUGGAGUUUACAAGAUUAAGGUUAUUGCUGAGAAAUCUUGUCAAAACAAUCUAGAAGGAGUAGCCGAAUUAAUGUACAAAAAUUCUGAUGCUCUGCUUAAAACUUUUGAACACGUUAACUCAGCAGUGAACCGUGAAUUUACAACAGUGAACAGUGACAAGUGCCGUGAUGACAAUGUGUUGUGUUUAGAUGAGGUACAUUCAGCUGAUAAACUUCCGUUAAAUCUUGCGGCAGCUAUUGACGAAGUCAUUUAUGUGCCGUUCAACUAUUCUACCAAACAGAUUUCAACACGACGCGUCGAGAGCUGGGGUCAAACCGACGGCUUCCGUUUCACGUACCCUGCGUCUCCGUUGCUGACGCAGGGCGGUGACGUGGCCCCGGAAGCGAUGUGUCUCAAAGGAUCAAACGACGGUGAUGAAUGUGUUCACGUCAAGAACAUUCCUCUGCAUUCUACUGUUGAGCUUGUGAUGUUUGAUCAAGGUGGCGAAUCAGACCAUAUUUUUCAUCUCCACGGUUACAGUUUUUACGUGGUUGGUAUGAGAGAAUUCAACACAAGCGUAGAUAGCAAUCAACUAAAAGAGAUGUACGAGGAGGGAACGCUUUUUGCUUCCAACAAUCUUAUAGAUCCCGUCGUAAAAGAUACUAUAGUAAUACCGAAAUUCGGUGUUGUUGCUUUACGAUUCCAAGCUGACAACCCUGGUUACUGGAUGAUGAGGGACGAACGAUCCGCGCACUGGACUAGAGGUCUCGAUUUCGUAUUGAAAGUUGGUGAUGAAAGUGAUUUUGUGCAAGCCCCAGUGGAUUUCCCAAAGUGUGGCUCGUAUGUCGGCCCAGAGUACUUUUUAAUUUAA